AUUUAUAUACCUCAGCCGAUCUCCAAUUAUUUUUCUAUAGACUAAAAUGUAGAAGAAGUCAAAAGAAACUUUGCCAAAGACCAAAAUAAACCACUAUAUAUCUACAAAACAGAGCAUGCUCUGUUUCAUCAUUCUCAUCAAUAGAUAUGACGACUACUCUUUCCCUAUCUUUCUUUCUAACGCUAUGCCUUUUCGUAAUCCCAUCUCUCUCAUCUGAUUCUGAUCCUUUACAAGACUUCUGCGUUGGCGAUCUCAAAGCUUCUCCUUCAAUCAAUGGCUUCCCUUGCAAGUCAGCCGUCUCCGCUUCUGACUUCUUCUUCUCUGGCUUAGGUGCUCCUUUAAACACCACGAACGCUAACGGGGUAGCCGUGUCUCCCGCCAACGUCUUAACUUUUCCGGGUCUAAACACUUUAGGACUCUCGAUGAACAACGUUGAAUUCGCUCCAGGAGGUGUAAACCCGCCUCACUCGCACCCGCGUGCAACCGAAGCUGGAGUUGUGAUCGAAGGAUCGGUUUUUGUCGGGUUCUUGACUACUAACAACACUCUGUUCUCGAAGGUUAUACAUGCCGGAGAGAUGUUCGUUGUCCCUAGAGGAUUGGUUCAUUUCCAAUGGAAUGUUGGUAAAGGGAAAGCGCGUUUGAUAACCGCUUUUAACAAUCAGCUUCCAGGAUCAGCUGUUCUGCCUAGUUCUCUGUUUGGCUCAAACCCUACGAUUCCAAAUCCUGUUUUGACCAAAACGUUUAGGACUGAUGAUGUAACUGUGAACAAACUCAAGUCCAUGUUUGCUGUUUGAAUUGUUUCAUUUAUGAUCUUUUUUCAAUUCGAUUUUAUAGCAUAUAGCUACUUAUGUGUAACAAUUGGUAUGGAAAAUUUGAAACUAAAUCAUUAAUAAGAUUCAUUUCUUAUCUCUUUU